AGUAUAGGAUUUUAAAAAAUCAUAAAAAGAGUCCUUCACUGUUAGUUUGAGAAGAUAGUGUUUUACAUAUUGUCCACAAUACUAACCAGCUGUUGGUGUCAGUAGAGGAUACAGCUGACUCUUCAGCAUGGCAUUUCUGCAAGGCAUUUGCAUCAAGAGAAGGCACCUCAUCAAAAUCAUCCUGAGGAGUUGUGUCUUUUUUCAGAUUUUGUUUUUCUCAGCUUUUUGGCAGAGAAGGAAUAUAAUUGCACGUGGCCAUGGAGGCUAUGAUUCUGAUUUUAGUGAUGAGGAGAGUGGAGAGACGUCUCUGCAAAAGACUAAAAGAACACAGGAAGAUGCCCUUCUGAUAAAGCCAUUCCAAAAAGCAAAACAAGGCAGUGUGGUUCACAGACAAUUUGCAGCUGAAGAAUGUGAUAGGGAAGAAGCAAGAAAAAGAAGAUUUCACUUGAUAUCGAUGGAUGCUUAUGAAAGACAUAAAAAGUUUGUGCAUGACUACAUUUUAUACUAUGGUGGCAAAAUAGAGGAUUUCAGAAGAUCUGGAGCAAAUGACAAGACGGAUCUUGAUGUUAUUAGAGAAAACCAUAGGUUCCUGUGGAAUGAAGAAGAUGAAGCAGACAUGAAUUGGGAGAAGAGGCUUGCAAAGAAGUAUUAUGACAAAUUGUUCAAAGAAUACUGUAUAGCAGAUCUCAGCAGAUACAAAGAGAAUAAGUUUGGAUUUAGAUGGCGACAUGAGAAAGAAGUAAUUUCAGGAAAAGGUCAGUUUUCCUGUGGAAAUAAACACUGUGAUGAGAAUGAAGGCCUGAAGAGCUGGGAGGUGAAUUUUGGUUACGUUGAACAUGGCGAAAAGAGGAAUGCACUUGUGAAAUUGAGACUAUGUCCAGAAUGUUCCCACAAACUAAACUUCCAUCACCGGAGGAAAGAAGUCAAAACAUGCAAGAAAAAAGGCACAGCUGCACAGAACUCUAAAGAGCCAAAAAAUAAGAAGAGAAAAUUAUCUCGUUCAGCAAAAAAGAAGUCCAAAAAAAAGACCCAUAAAGAUCAUGUAUCUUCAGAUGAUUCAGAUAGUUCUGAUAAAGACUCAGAUAAUAGCAGUGCAGAAGAUGGUCCUUCAAAAGCUGACACUCGGAAAGGUCCUCUACGAGAAGCAGAUAAAAAAUCACGGGAAGAGGAAUUUGAUGAGUAUUUUCAAGACUUAUUUCUCUAAAGCUUGCAAUUGGUGUAGGCUGAUUUUCUUCAUGAGUUGUCAAGAUGGAAGUCUGGAAAUCCAGUCAUAAUUUUCCAGAGACCUCUAUCUGCCAGCAUACAUUUUCUACAGUCACUUAUAUGGACCAUUUGGGUGGAUUGUCAUUGUAGAAGGUUUCAAAUCUAAAAACUUUCAAUUUCUUGUAGUAUACUCUGCAUACUCUUGAAACAAGAGAAAUUAUUUUUUCAGUUCAGGGCAGAAUAUAUAUGGCACUCAAACUUAAAAAACCAAGAAUAUAGUUUAUUGAUAUUACAACAAGGAAUUUCACUGCUUUUAUUUUAUCCCAAAUUUCAGUUAUUCCCAGAUUUUUGUAAAGGAGCAUUUUGUAAGAUUCUGUGAGUAGCUUAAAGCCAUGUACUUUAAUAUAUUUAUAUUUUUAAUUUAUUAAACAAGAAUUAAUAGCUUUAAAUUUUAUUGGUUACUUAGACUUCAAUAUUUGGGUAUUAGUCUCUGUAAAUAUUUUCAAAUGCUAUUGGAGAAGUUCAAAUUUUGUCAAAUAUGUGUUCUACUUGAAUUAAGUAAACUGUAUCUGAAAUCUUUCCUACUCCUUUAAAAAGUUCAGUUUAUUGUGACUUUCUUCUAAAUUUUAGUUGUAAAGUGGUAUGUCUUACAAUUCCACCUAUAAAAAUUUGGUUGGUUGGUGAAAUUUUUGGUUUAAAAAAUAACAUGUGGCUUUCUACUGGAGAUGUACGUGACUUUUAUGUUAUCUGUGCCUUCUGAUCUCCUUUCCAUUGACUGAACAUUAAUCCUUCUUUCACGUGUAAUCCUAAAUAUACAAAUAAAGCAUGUGUAUUGCUUGAGAAACUUA